AUGGCUACCAAAUUUGACGCUGAAAAAGCCGAGAACCUCGAGGACAUCGAGAAGCAAUUCGCCGUCAAGGCUGUCCACCAGGCCGAGGCCUACUGGAGCUUGAUCUCCAAAGUCAAGGCAUCCUCUUUGAGAUUGACCAACCACGACAACGAGAUCUACGAAGCUUUGAUUGAGCAGUUCCCAGAGUUCAAGGAGAAGGAGGCUGCUUUCCAGAUCAACGAAGAUGCCAUGAAGAGCAAAGAAGGCAAGGCCAAGUGGAGAGCUUUCUGCGACAAGUUCAAGGAGAUCGACGACUACAACUUUGGAACGCUUUUAAGAGUCAGAGCCGACGACGAGUACUCUCAGGAGAACUCGAUUUUCGCUGUGAGAAUCCAGUUUUACGCUGUGGAGAUUGCCAGAAACAGAUACGGUUUGAACGACUGGGCUUCUGGAAACUAA